AUGCUCUCUGGCGUGUUAAUAUUCAAUCAAAAAGGUGAAAAUCUCAUCUUCCGCGCCUUCCGCAAUGACUGCCGACCGCGCCUCGCGGAUGUCUUUCGCAUCCAAGUCAUAUCGAAUGCUCAGGUCCGCUCCCCUAUCUUGACACUUGGCAGCACAACAUUUAGCCAUGUCAAGCACGAGAAUAUCUACCUCGUGGCAAUCACAAAGAGCAAUGCCAAUGCUGCGCUGGUAUUUGAAUUUUUGUACCGCUUGAUACAGUUAGGCAAAGGCUACUUUGGCAAGUUUGAUGAGGAGGCUGUCAAGAACAACUUUGUCUUGGUGUACGAACUAUUAGACGAAAUAAUUGACUUUGGCUACCCACAAAACACCGAAACCGACACGCUGAAGAUGUACAUUACCACAGAAGGCGUCAAAUCCGAGUCGCGACCAGAAGACACAUCCAAGAUUACGAUGCAAGCCACGGGCGCCUUGUCAUGGCGCAAAGCCGACGUACGAUACCGAAAAAACGAAGCCUUUGUCGAUGUUAUCGAAGAUGUCAAUCUGCUCAUGUCAGCGACUGGCGCUGUCCUGAGAGCCGACGUCACGGGCCAAAUUAUCAUGCGAGCGUACCUUUCCGGCACACCUGAAUGCAAAUUCGGCCUGAAUGACCGACUCCUUCUCGACAGUGAUGGGUUAAAGUCUCUAGAGAGUGGAAACAAGCUCGGAUCCAAAGCAACAAAGGCAGCAGCAGGCAGUGUCACCUUGGAAGACUGCCAAUUUCACCAAUGCGUUCGAUUGGGCAAGUUUGACAGCGACAGAAUCAUUAGUUUUGUCCCUCCCGAUGGCGAGUUUGAGCUCAUGAAAUACCGCGCGACGGAAAACGUCAAUUUGCCUUUCAAGGUCCACGCAAUCGUGAACGAAAUUGGCCGCUCAAAGGUAGAAUACAGCAUUGGCGUCAAGGCCAAUUUUGGGCCCAAGCUGUUUGCAACGAAUGUCAUUGUCCGCAUACCAACGCCGCUCAACACUGCCAAGAUAAUAGAACGAUGCACCCAGGGCAAGGCCAAGUAUGAGCCAAGCGAAAACUGUAUUGUUUGGAAGAUUGCCCGCUUCACCGGCCAGAGUGAAUACGUAUUGAGCGCCGAGGCCAUACUCACGAGCAUGACGAAUCAAAGGGCUUGGAGUCGGCCGCCUCUGAGUCUAAACUUUAGCUUGCUCAUGUUUACAAGUUCAGGCUUGCUUGUACGGUACUUGAAGGUGUUUGAAAAGAGUAAUUAUUCCAGCGUCAAAUGGGUCAGAUACAUGACGCGGGCAGGCUCAUACGAAAUACGGUACGCCCACAACUCAUUCAUGCUGACAAAUUCUAAUUUUGAACCAGAUUUUAAUGAACGGAAAUAA